CUGAGGUAAAGCAAAGCUCUCAACUGGAGCAAUCAGUAGAAAAGGAACUCCAAAUGGACAGCUAAUCAACUGGGAGAAUGGAUUUGUAAAAUGCUUUUCACUGAUAAUUUACCAAUUUAAUCUUCCAAUACCUGUGUUUUUAUUGGAAGCAUCAAACACCAGUUGAAGGGACAAGGGAAGAAUGGAUUUUACAAACAUGUCCUUGCUGAUGACAGCAGCUGUCACUAAUUUCCUAGUGUUGUCUCCUGGCAACUUUGCACGUAGCAACCAAAAUUAAGCCCACUAUAAAAAGGGAACAGGAUGAACGCCGGGUUAUGAAACAAAACAUUUUCAGAACAGCCGGAGCAAGAUCAAGAAAGGAAUAUUCCCUCAAGUCCCAGACCAAGGCAGCUUAUGUCGAAAUGAGGCAGUUUGCCCUGGGUGAUACGCUGUUGCAGAUGUCAAAACCAGCCUGUCAGAAUCUAACAACUGGGGUGGUGCCUGAAAUGGGAUCAAGGGCCACUGCUCCUCUGCUGUUUUUCCUGGGGCUGCUCUUCAUUUUUGUCAAGACUUUGCAAAAGAAAGCAACUUUGCCAGGUCCUUCUUUCUGUCUGGGCAUUGGACCUCUCAUCUCUUAUGGUCGAUUCUUGUGGAUGGGAAUUGGCAGUGCCAGCAAUUACUACAAUGAAAAGUACGGCCAGAUAGUGAGAGUGUGGAUCCAUGGUGAGGAAACCCUUAUUAUUAGCAGAUCCUCUGCUGUGAACCAUGUGAUGAGGAAAGCGCACUACAUAUCCAGGUUUGGAAACAAACAGGCGCUUAAGUGCAUUGGCAUGAACGAAAAUGGCAUAAUUUUCAACAAUAAUCCCUCCAUUUGGAAAAUGACACGUCCGUAUUUUGCAAAAGCCUUGACUGGCCCAGGUCUUCAGAGGACUCUCGCUGUGAGUGUGGAAUCGACUCGUAAUCACUUGGACAAAUUACUGGGGAGUAACAGCACCACAACUACCAGCACUACAGCCUGUGUGGAUAUACUGCUGUUCCUGAGAGCAAUCACACUAGACAUUUCCAACCGGCUAUUUCUCAGAGUUCCAAUGCACGAGGGCCAAAUUGUGUCUAAAAUCCAGAAGUAUUUCGACACGUGGCAAACGCUCUUGCUCAAGCCAGACAUUUUCUUCAAAUUCAAGUGGAUAUAUAAAAAAUAUGAAAAAGCUGCCCAGGAUCUACAAGAUGCAGUGGAAGAACUGCUGCUGAAGAAGCAACAAGAACUGCAAGAAGCCGAAAAACUGCAAGACAUCACUGACUUUGCGACUGACCUGAUUUUUGCACAGACGCAUGGGAAACUGACUGCGGAGAAUGUGAGGCAAAGUGUGUUGGAAAUUCUAAUAGCAGGACCAGACACAAUGUCUGUCAGCAUCUUUUUUAUGCUAAUGCUUAUUGCCCAACACCCUGAAGUGGAAAAGAAAAUAGUUGAAGAGAUUCAAGAAGUUACAGGGGAACGGGAGAUACAGAACAGUGACCUACAGCUACUGAAGACUGUGGAGAAUUUUAUUUAUGAGAGUAUGAGGUACCAGCCCGUGGUGGACUUCACUAUGCGCAAGGCUCUUAAAGAUGAUGUGAUCGAUGGCUACCCAGUUAAAAAAGGCACCAAUAUUAUCCUUAACCUGGGCCGUAUGCACAAAGAUGAAUUCUUUCUCAAGCCAAAUGAGUUCAACCUGGAAAAUUUUGCACAAAAUGUUCCUCAUCGCUACUUCCAGCCAUUUGGCUGUGGCCCUCGGUCCUGUGUGGGAAAAUAUAUCGCCAUGGUGAUGAUGAAAGGUAUCUUGGUGACCAUGCUGAAGAGGUACAGAGUGCACUCACAUAAUGGAACAACAUUAGAAAAUCUCAAAAAUAAUCAUGACUUGUCCUACCACCCCAAUGAGUCAUACUCGCUUCCCCGAAUGACCUUUACCCCAAGGAAUCAAGCAGAGGCCUAAGAUCCCAAUUUCUAUGCAAGCAGCAUGCACAAGGUUUCAUUAGCAUGGUGCAGAGUGACUGGAGGGAAAUCAUCCAAAUUAAAUGUGCCACCUUUUCAUAAAAGUUGAACCAAAGUGCUGGUUAUCAUUAGGAUUCAAAUCUUUGUGAUAAAAAGAUUUUUUUUCCUUCUUUAGAUCCACUGGUAUUAUUGUUCUAGGGAUAGUUUUGAAAUAAAGCACUCUAUUUGCAAUCAUGGAUUAUCAUUUUUAAAUUGUAGCUUCCACCAGGACCUUCAACCCACUCCAGGUCUCAUCUCGACCACAGGGGGCAGCAAUCUGGGAGUGGGCGAGAUGUAAGGAGGAUGAAAUCAGCACAAGUGGCAAGUCAGAGAGUAUGAUUGAUUAUUUCUGUUGAGAGACCUGUGAGGCCUCGCCAUGCUGUCUUUUCAGCAGAAAGAAGAAGUAUACUGUGUGCACUGGAGAUAUGAAGAUUCAGGGAAGAGGGAAAUGUGGUAAUGGAAUUAAAAAGAAUAUUAUUUUCAAAGUUCAGAAUCUGUUCCUUAUUUUACCAGUCCUAUAUGGAAUUGUACUUUAUAAACACUAUGGCACUUAAUAUUAAAUUAAUAGAUAUGGAAGAGAAUACUGUAUAGACAAAUAGAAACAAAACCUUCUCAACUUUACUUAAUGCAUGACUGAGGGGGAGACAGAGAAAAAUUAAACUUUCUAGGAGAGAAUGAUAAUGUAGGUGAUAGUAAAGAUAAAGAAAAACGAGCAUUGUCAAUUCUGUUUUGGGGAGAGGGAGUUGAGUUCUAUUCUGCAAUAAGGAAAGGAUGUGAAUUCUAUUCUCUGAGGGUAGGUUCCACUGUGUGCUGAGCAUGCCAGAAUCAUAUACCUUCCACAUUUGUAAAUGGGCUCCAUAGAGAGUAGAGGAAACCUAUCCAUGUGGUCAGGCUCCAGGGUAGCUGGAGGUGACACUAUCAGGCUUUCUGUGCAUGGAACAUUUCAAAAUGUUUAUACUUUAAAGACUGAAACAUUCUUAAGAAAGCUCCCUAAUUAGGAAGUGGCAGAAUAUUUUUCAUAUUGCACAGAGAUGUUAUAAACAUGGAUGUAUAAUGUACUCUUUUACAGACUUUAUAGCUUUGUACAUGUUUUUACAUUUUGGGCCAGAGAAAUUAUUAUUAAAAUGUUCAGUAUUCAGAGCACUG